AGCUCGCGCUGCUUUUUACGCGCGAAAUCCUGAGAAGGAGAAGAAGGAGCGCGAGACCCGGCCGCUCACCUCUCGACAUAUUCUCUCUCUAAGGUGAAAAAAAGAGGAAGAACUGCGCGGAUCCGGUGUGUUUCUGCUCGAAACGGCCAAAAUAAGCCUGUGUUUAACCUGCGCACCCGCUGAACUCACAGUGUGAGCUUUAUACUGCGGGAUGUGUGGUAAAUAAAGCAGCACGCGCUUAGCUCAGGUCUGUGUUUGAUCCUGAGAGCAGGAGGAAGAGGAAGGCCGGUGAAGUGAAGUGAUAGACUGUCAUCAUGGCGGCGGCCGCUGCAGCGGUUGUUGCCUAAUAAACCGCCAGGGUUCAGAGGGAAGCUGUGCCUCCACAAGGCCUCUGUUUUUAAAGUGGUUUCUGUGCUUCUACAGCUUAACUCGUGUUUUUACUUAGAUUAAACUGCAAACAUAGUUCAAAGUGGUUUAAUUUCAGAGACUUUAUUGAAGUAAAGAAAAGCAUUUAGUCAAGAAGAAAUGCAUUAUUAAAAGACAAAUAAAACAAGCAAAGCAAGACAUUACAUUACAUUUGGCAAACGCUUUUGUCCAAAGAGACUUACAGCAAUUUAGUAAUAGAAGACAGAAGUUCAAUGUACAAAAAACAUGGAAAUCAUCAUGGGAUAGAGAAGAAAAAGGAGGGGAAGAUAGAAAUGAGGUUAGAAUUUUGUUUCCUUCUAAACAAAUAUAGUAAUAAUAUAAUAUAUAUCUAGUUUAGAACGAAGUUUCUGGAAAAUUAUUAAUAUUUUUAGAACAAUGUAGUUAAAUUAUAUAUACAUGCAAUAGUGCAUCAAAAAAGUUAAAUAUCAUUUAAAAGUUAAUUUCUGUAACUGUUAAAUUAGUUCAAAAUAUGAAACGCAAAUAAAUGUAUUACACACAGAAUUAUCUAUUUUAAACGUUUACUUCUGUUUGUUGAUGCUUAUGGCUUACAACCAAUAAAAACCCAAAAGUCAGUGUCUCAGAAAAUUAGAAUAUUAUAUAAGACCAAUUGGUACUUUUGGCAGUGUGCAAAGUCCUGCUGGAAAAUGAAAUCCACAUCUCCAUAAAAGUUGUCAGCAGAGGGAAGCAUGAAGUGCUGACAAGCAGAUGACAUGGUUCUCCAAAACGUCACUGAUUAUGGAAACUUUAAACUAGACCUCAAGCAGCAUGGACUGUGUGCCUCCCUACUUUUCCUCCAGACUCUGGUUCUUAGUAAAAAUAGAGAAUUAGUAAAAUAGAGGAGCUUUGUAAUGAUAUAAAAAUUUUUGGAGGUCCUCUAGAAUGUAUAUAUUUCUAACACAAGCCUUAACACCAUGUACCGCACAGUUACAACUGCUUAAAGGAGAAAUCCUUGGGGAAUAAGUACACCCUUUGGGCGAACAGACCACCUCUGUUCACCCACAGCAUUCUGAAAAAUAGUGUUUUAGCCGAUGCUCCCAAUGUUACUCUUGGAAAAAAAUGCUAUUUUUAAACCAUUAACAAACUAAAAGUAGCUCCAUACUUCAUUGGUAGAAUUCUGAUGGCACUGACAUGCAUAGUUAAGAAAUGCUAGCUGGCAAAACUUUUACACCAUUUUAUGGACGCCUGCCCUGUCUAGCAUCCAUAUUUCUUCAGUAAUGUAAAGAUAAUCUCAUUCUAUAUAGACUGUUAAGAUAAAAGCCGAGAUAUAGCAGUAUUUACACUGUCCAGUGUGCUCAAUCCAUAGUGUCAUGUGUUUAACAGAAAUAUAUCAGUGCAUGACUACCCAAAGGAGACACUGUAGUGGGUGGUAAUGAUCGUGACCGGUGGCCUCUGUCAAGAAUUGCCUACACAAGCAAUCACAUCUGCGUUCAAUAAAGCAGGACUUAGCUUCUGGGUACUUGGAAGCUAUGUAGAGUACAUACGCUUCUGUGGGACAUGGCAAAAGUCAAGGGACAUUAAAAUAGUUUCUGUCCAAUGACAUUUGGUAUGUCAGUGUACUGCCAUUAAUUUACGUCCCACCAGGCCCAAUCAAAUCUGGAUGGUUGCAUUGGUCUUCAGCUGUUAUUUUAAUAGUUAAUCUUACCCGUAGCCUACCUUGGUUCAAUAUUACCUCAGGAAACAAAACAACAGGACAGUGGGAUCAGUUUUAUUUGGAGCUGCUUUAACCAUUUUAUCUUCUUCCUUUUUCUCUAAAGCACAGUUUAAAAAAAAGCAUGCCCCUCUCUCUUUCCGCUCCACUGCAAAAAGAUUUUCACAGUGGCUGAGGUGUGUGCAUAUGAGGGUGUGGGUUUGUGUGUGCGAGUGAGUGAGUGAGGCCUUUCUUUUUCUUAGUUCUGCUUUAGACGUUAUAAGUAGACAGUGUGUGCGUUUGUGUACAGCCAAUCUGCAUGUGCUUCCUCUUUAUAUACGUGGUCUGGAACAGAGAAGCUUUAAUCUGACUGUGUGUGUGAGUUUGUAUUUGUGAAACAGCAGAAACAGACUCCGGAGACAGAUUGAAUAAACGAUCAGAAAGUGACCAUGCUGACCGAAUGAAGAAAAACAAAGAUUACUUGUGUCCAGCAGAAAUUCACAACCCUGUCUGGUCUCACAAAAGCUGAAUAUAAUCAUGCUUGGUGAAGCGUCUCUCCAUGUUAUGAACUACACACAGGAAGGUACUGAAAAUACUUCUCCCCGGGACCAGAACACACAAUCAUGCAUCGCGUCACUACCUAAAACCACCAUGACUCAUAUGACCUCCAAAUCACCCCUGAUGCCACGGGCCAUGAGAGUUGGUCGUCUUGAAAGCCGAGAGAAAUCUGGGCCUCACCUAACUUCAACACCUAGCAUGGCCCUUGCCGUCCCCAGCUGCAGUGUGGAGGAUCACUGGGGCAUGGAGCUCUACAUCUCUGGGAGCUGCCCAAGCUUCUACAAGGCCUACCCUGAUCUACAGCUAGCUUGGGAUACCCUGAGGGAUCCCCACCACCCACAUAACCCAGUACACCUCUUGUCCCAAUCCCAGGGCCCUUUCCUACAAUCUCAAGACCUUGCGUCCCUAGAUGUAAUAGAGGAGACUGGAAAGGAAACUGAUUCCCAGUCUAAGCCUGAUGAGGGCUACCUGGUGAUUGAGAGCAUGAAAGGCCCAGGUUCAGAGCCCAGGCUUACCAACUCAAUGCUAAAUGGCUAUCUGGAGAACCAGCUAAUGGAGGUGUAUCGCCAGCACAUGCAAGACAGUCUGGCCCGGUGUGCCUCUUCCUCGCUAACUGCUAGUGUUGUUCCAGCACUUGUGCCUUCCAACCUCAGCACAUCUGACAACCAGACGACCAAUCAGGGGGACAGAAUGGACUCGAACUCCUCCCACAGCAGUGUACGAUACCUGAGCACCUGUUCGGCUCCGCCCACUUCUCACUUUAGUUCACCUGUGCUGCAAAUUUCUUACCCUCAAGAGGAAAACUCUUUAACACACCCAGAGCCAGCAUUAAAUUAGUGUCAAAUAUGAAACAGUGUCUGUACAAAAUGGGUUGUAUUAAUUUCUGAUUGGUUAUUCUUAAACAUCCUCGAUUUACGUAUAAUAUUGAAGCUAUAAAAAUCUACUCCUCAAAAUUUUUUAUCUUUUAGCAAGUCUAACAGUAUCCAGACAGGCUCUCUAAAUAGUGAAUUCAGCUAUACACACACAAUGCAUAAACAGUUAUGUUUAGAUCAAAUGUACACACAGCUUGAACGAUGUUAAUAGCAAAGCGCUGACCAAUAGAACAGGAGGUUCUUCUGUACCCCUGUAGCCUCACAUGAGCCAAAGGCACAUUAAACCCAGUGCCAAACAUCAGCUGGAGGGGUAUAGAUCCCCCAGCAUUUUGGAGCAGUGGUGCUGCAUUCUGUGAAGUGAAAGACAACUAUCUAGUACACUUUGAGAUGAGUUGGGAUUUUGUAACUAAUCGUCCAACAUCAGUGCCUAAUCUCACUGGUGCUUUUGAGGUUUCUGGUUCCAGGCUUUUUUACAUGCGCAUCAUCUUGAAGUCUACACAUCCAAGGUUGCUUUAAACAUGUGCAGAAACGCCUGACUCCAGAAACUUCAGAAACGUCUCAACAUAAAACAAAAAGAAAAUUAGAAAAUAGAAUGAAAAGUAUCUAGAUUUCUUAAGCCCUCCUAAACCACAUGUGGAACAAUAUUUUUCUCUUAUUUUUAGAAUGCAGUACUGACAGUCAUUUUUUUGUGAAGGAGGCGUCAUGAGAUAUUCUGAUCACAUAGCUAAAGUUUAAAAUCCCCCGGUUUACAACAUCAAGCCCAAAGCCUUUCUAGAGGCUCUUGCUGUAGCAAAUGGGAAUGUUUCUUGUACUUUGCAUUAUUAAUUCAAUUUUAAUAAAAUCUAAAUGUUUUACGACUUAAUAUUACACAAAUGUUUGGCCUCCUACCAAACCUAAGUAGGUUGUUAUUAAAAAAAGAAAACCAACAUCAAAUAAAUAAAAACACCAUAUAUCCGAGUAACACUUAUGAUCCAGCCUGAAAAAAAAAUUAUUUGCAUUAAAGUGAGAUACUGGGUCAUUUUAAGACAGGUUGUGUUCUGUUACAUAGUAACCCAAUGCUGGGCUCUGGAAAUUAAUCUUUUGUCAUGCUUGUAUUUCUGUGUGUUUUUUUUUUUCCUCUACAUGUUUUAUUUGAGGGGAAGCUGUGGGUUUACUUUGUAUUAUUUGUAUCUAAUGUUUGCUUAUUCUUUGUUAUUUAAAUAAACAAAAUAAGUAAUAUAAUAAAUGUAUAUAUUUUUAUUGUAGCUUCAACCUCCCAGUAUGGGAGGUGGAUCAUUCUCAGCACUGCCGUGGUGCUGAAACGUGGAUAAUGGGUUGAGAAGCAAAGAGGUGGUCACAAUGUUAUGCUUAAUCAAUGUAAAUAAAAAAGGCAAAGCAUUGAUUUACAAAUCUUCCAUUUUAUUUUUACAAUAGACUAUUAAUAGUGAGACAUUGUACCAUUUCAUAAAAUAUAAACCAUUGGUUUGGAAUGGAAUUCAUUUAAAUAAUGAAUAAUUCAAUUUUCAAAAUGGGCUAAUUAAAGCUGCCAGAGGAGUAGAGGGGCUUGUUCAGGGGCUGUCAGAAACCUGUAAGGAACACUUUGUGGCAGCAAUUUUUGUACUUUUGCAUUUUUAUUUUUGUACCGUGUUUAGUGUAAAACUGCUUAGAAGGUUGAAGAAACUGCUUGCUAUUCCUAAACUUCAUGUUGCAUUAAUAUAAGUUUGUAUAUUGUCUAAAUGGUGCUGUUUGUUACUAUUUAGGUGUAAAAAAACUGAACACCCCUGUUUUUCAUUUAUGUAAGAACAACAAAAAAAAACAUUAAAAUGGUAAUCUAGAAAUAUUCAUAUACACUGCCUGGCCAAAUAACUUGCUGCCAGCUGAAACAUAAUUACCCAUAAGUCUAUUACCCGUUUGCUUAGUUGAAAAUGGUUUGUGUACUUUAUAUACCACUGUGUGUUAACACACACACUAGGAUUUUUUAUGCCAACUGACUUUUUGUUUUAUUUGUUUUAUUUUGUUUUUAUAUUGUUCAUGGGAUUAAAAUGUCACAUAAACAGUGGCAAAGUGAACUCA